AUGGAGAAGGCUGCUGGCCGGAAGAUGAGCACAGACAAUGUGACAACCAUACAGCGCUCCCUCUGGACCAUGGGGGACAAUGCUCUGGCGGACAAAAUGGUCAUUCGUCUUUUGGUGAACGUGAGGAAAAGACAAAAAGUGCCGUACAAGGACCUGAUUGCAUCCACGUUGAUGGCCAAAGACUUGGUGAGGAACAAGUAUGCCGUCAAAAUAAAGGAAAGCUUACUGCAGUCCAAGUUUCUUUCCAUGAAAAAAACCUACCAGAGCUCUUCCCUGAAUCCGGAAGGCGAUAUGCUGAGGGUCCUCAUCAAAGAACAGAGCUGGCCUUACGUUUGUCUCCGCAGCACUGCCAACAAAGGGCAAGGUGUCUUCGCCAACUCGUUCAUCAAGAAAGGACAGGUAGUGUGCGAUUAUCACGGCCAAACGAUUUCGUCGGAGGAGGGAAAGAAACGGAUGAGGAGCACGGACUCGAUGGCCACCAAUUACAUGCUAUUUUUAAAGCAAGGUAAGAUUUGUAUAGAUGCAGCUAAUCAAUGCAGUUGUCAUUCCAGGGCGGAAUUCAUGAAGACAUACGGGCGGCAUAUGAACCAUUCGGCCAAAAUGUGGAAUGUGAAGCCGAAGGCAGUGGACUUAGCUGGUACUACCGUUAUCUUACUACUGGCAAUUCGCGACGUAAAAGCAGGCGAAGAGCUCCUCUUCGACUAUGGGGUCCGAAGAGGGGAAGAUGGGGAAGAUAUAGAUUGGCUGAAGAAGUAA